GUAGAUUUGAUUGGUUUUUCUUAAUUAUUUCCUGGUGCAAAAACUAUUUAAACUGCACUCGUGACGCACUUGACCCGGUGUUCUAUCCACAGAGCGAGGAAAGAGUGACAGCGUGGAACGCGCAUCACAGGACACGCAACCAAACGAGAUUGAAGCCCGAUCCCCUCUGACACCAUGGUUGAUGCUUUCGUUGGAACCUGGAAUAUAGUAGACACCAAGAACUUUGACGAGUACAUGAAGGCAAUAGGUGUGAACUUCGCCACCAGGCAGGUAGCCAACAUGACCAAGCCCACCACCAUCAUCAGCGUGGCGGGGGACACAGUGACGCUGCGCACAGAGAGCACCUUCAAGAACACGGAGAUCAGCUUCGUCUUGGGCCAGGAGUUCGAUGAGACCACCGCAGAUGACAGGAAGGUCAAGUCUCUGGUCACGCUCGAUGGGGGGCAGCUGGUCCACAAGCAGACAUGGGAUAACAAAGAGACGACGCUGGUGAGGGAGAUAAAGGACGGCAAGCUCACCCUGACUCUGACUAUGGGAACAGUGGUGAGCACACGUAUCUAUGAGAAGGCAGCGUGAGUCCUCCCCCACCGCUCCAGCGCAGAGCACGAUGGACGAUAUGGGUCCCUCGCACACUGCUGUUCCAGCCUUUUCUACUGCCUGACUGCUCUGCUCUGUUUAUACAUGUAAUUCCAUUCAAAUAUUUGUAUCCAUUGCAAAUAAAGUUCUAGUCAACGGUU